UUGGAUUUAGAAAAAAUCGCUUCACUAUCCAGUCGGCAACAGGACGGUCACGCCAUUCAAGGCAAGGCAGGACUCACGGAACUUCUUAUUUCACCGCAUCUCUUUUAUCAUGCUUUUCUCGAUCUCGUGUUCACUCGCCGUCUUCUCGCUAUUUACCAUUGCCCCACGGCAACUCCACUGUCGGACUCAUUCGCAUCUGGGGUACAGGGCAAAAUCCAAGAAUGGAGGACGUUCUCUACGCGACAAGCUGGAUCGGAUCGGUCUGAGUCUGCCAGCAGGACGAAGGAAGGCGGCCACGGUGACGCUCCUUACCUCCUUGGUUGA